UUAUUGAUGUAUAAGCAUGCAGAUCUGCCAACAACUAAACUUUCUAAAGAAACAACAUUCCACCUAACUCAAAGAAUACAAAUCCCUUUUGCCCUUUUCACUCUUUCAGGGUUCCAUAUAUUCCCCUCCCUCCAUCAUCCCCACAUCAACAAGCCCUCACUUCAAGGACCACCCUUCCUUUCUCAUCACCACACCAUCCCCACAUCAGUCAAACAAAUUAAAGGAUGGUGAUGAUGAAGCACAUUCCACUCUUCUCUCUCCCCCUUCUAAUAGUACUAUUUUCCCAUUCCACCACCACUUUAGCCCAGUCACCGGCCGCGGCACCGACCGCCCCGGCCACCCCCUCCACCGCGGCCGCCCCGGCCCCGGUACCCUCGGCACCCCCGACAGACAUCAUAAGAAUCCUCAAAAAGGCAGGAGGGUUCACAACCCUAAUCCGCCUCCUCCAGGCCACACAAGUCUCCAACCAAAUCAACUCCCAACUCCUCACCACAAGCGGCGGCCUAACCCUAUUUGCACCAAACGACAACGCCUUCUCCAGCCUCAAACCGGGUUUCCUCAACUCCCUGAACGACCAACAGAAGAACGAGCUCAUCCAGUUCCAUUUGCUCCCCACGUACGUUUCCGUGUCGAAUUUCGACACUUUAAGCAACCCUGUGAGAACACAGGCCGGUGAAAACCCUGAUAGGUUGGCGCUGAACAUAACAAGCUCCGGAGGGAACCAAGUGAACAUGACAACGGGCGUUGUUAACGUUACUUUGGGUGGCACCGUGUACACCGAUCACCAGCUCGCCGUGUAUCAGGUGGACAAGGUGCUUCUUCCUCGGGACUUCUUUGAAGCUAAGCCUCCUGUUCCGGCUCCGGCGCCGGAAAAGGCGAAAGGGUCUAAGAAGAAAUCUGCGGACAGCACUGCUACUACUGCAGAUGAUGCUGAAUCGGAUGCUAUCAGUGUGAAACAAAGGCAUGUUAUGUGGGUUGCAGUUCUUGCACUUUUCAUUGCAGCAUUUACGUAAUGAAGCAUUGAACUGAAACUAUACCAUUGGGGUGGAGUGAAAGGUGAAUAUGAGCAACAUUUUGCAGAUACAUACAGUGAUUUUAAAUAAUUGUUCUCUCUCUCUCUCUCUCUCUCUCUCUCUCUCUCUAUAAUGAUUCAAGUUUCAGGUUGUAUGUGGUGGAAAUUCUAUUUGAUUUAUGAAGGCUUUCUUCGUUCUACUAGUUCUCUUCGAUCCCCCUAUAAGAAAAAACUUCAUAUCUUGUGUAUUACUUACGAGAAAUUUGUGUAUAAGUUGCAACGAAGAUAUCUUAAUAGAAAAAUGAUACAGAAGUUUUGUUUACC